CGCUUUGUUCCGAAAUAUACUCUGCAUAGGGCUGCAGAGGGCGGUAUACAGAAAAAAUGGCGGAGAUUGAAGUUAAAAAGCUGAAGAUUGCAGAGCUACGGAAAGAGCUCACCGACAAGGGCCUUAGCUCAAAGGGUAACAAGGCUGAACUGGUGGAAAGGUUAACAGAGUUUCUUGAAGUUGAUGGUGCUGAAGCUGUCUUAGACAAUGAACGACAAGUAGAUCCAGAUGUCCUUACAGCAGAAGAUGACGUGGACGACUUAUUAAAUCAGGAUGAGGUGAGUCUCAUCGACAAGUUUACAAAUCUUUGCCUCAGUGCGGGUGCUUAAUCACUUUGAAAUAGUACAGAAUUGUGAUCUACAAUCAGUGCAGAAACAUUCUUUGCACCAGGCAUUUGGACAUAAAUGAGGGAUGGUCCACCCAACAAACAUUUAGGCGAGGCGUCAAAACCCCAAAUGCGUUCCAACGCGUGCAUAGCCAUUGUUCCAUAAUGAGAGUGUGCAAAGGAGUUCCAAGAGAUUAGUACGAAGUACCGUUAUAUUCUACAUUAAAGCUAAUUUGCAUAAUCCGUACACGCUGGGGAACGGGGCAAUUAUUAUCUCGAUCGCUAUUGGCUAAUCCGCCGGAGCGUCGCACGAGAAUACACUGAAUAGUGCAGGUUCACAUACAACACACACACACAGCGCGCCAGCGUACACUUCACAUAAAAUGAGGUCAGUGUUCGGCGUGCACGUCGGAUCAACAUUUGCAGCGAAGCUUUGCAGCGAAUGCAGCGCGUGAGGUGCGGGCGGAUCUACGAGAGGGGGGAAUAGGGGAUGCCUGGGGCUAGCUUCCUGUACAAAGUACCAAUUAAAAAAAAAAAUCCGUGUUUACGAGAGUCGCGCAAGCAAAACGGUGGCGGAUUAGGACAUGCUUUUAAAUUGUUUUGAGGGGCGAACGAGUGAAAAUAUAUUUUGUAUACCUUUCGUUAUGAACCCCCGUUCUCCAUGACGAAAUGUAAUUGACGAAAGGAAAGUAAAACAAAAUAGAAGUCACAAACAUCUCAGAAUAGUUUGCGAUCUAUCAGGACAUGUUUUAAAAUUGAUUUUAGGUGUCAACAAGUUAAAAUAGAUUUGAUAUACCUUUCGUUGUGAUCCCUUGUUCUCCGUUAAGAAAUAUUAAAUAAGUCUUUUCUCGACGAUGUUGGAAACGUAAAUAAAACACAAUAGAAGUCACAAACAUCUCAGAUGGGUGUGCGAUCUAUCACAACAUGUUUUAAAGCUGUUUUUAGGGGUCAACAAGUUAAAAUAGAUUUGAUAUACCUUCCGUUAUGAUCCCCUGUUCUCCGUAAAGAAAUAUUAAAGAUGCAUUUUCUCGAAAAAGUUGGAAAGGUCGAUAAAACAAAAUAGAAGUUGGUAGCAUCUCAUAUUUAUUGGUGAUACAUAUUUUUCGAGGGGUCAACAAGUUAAAAUAUAUUUGAUAUACCUUUCGUUUUGAUCCCUUGUUGUCCGUUAAAAAUAUUAAAUACGUCUUUUCUCGACGAUGUUGGAAACGUAAAUAAAACAGAAUAGAAGUCACAAACAUCUCAGAUGGGUGUGCGAUCUAUCAGGACAUGUUUUAAAAUUGUUUUUAGGUGUCAACAAGUUAAAUUAUAUUUGAUAUACCUUUCGUUGUGAUCCCUUGUUCUCCGUUAAGAAAUAUUAAAUAUGUCUUUUCUCGACGGUGUUGGAAACGUAGAUAAAACAAAAUAGAAGUCACAAACAUCUCAGAUGGGUGUGCGAUCUAUCAGGACAUGUUUUAAAAUUGUUUUUAGGUGUCAACAAGUUAAAAUAGAUUUGAUAUACCUUUCGUUAUGAUCCCUUGUUCUCCGUUAAGAAAUAUUAAAUACGUCUUUUCUCGACGAUGUUGGAAACGUAAAUAAAACAGAAUAGAAGUCACAAACAUCUCAAAUUGGUGCGCGAUCUAUCAGGACAUGUUUUAAAAUUGUUUUUAGGUGUCAACAAGUUAAAUUAUAUUUGAUAUACCUUUCGUUGUGAUCCCUUGUUCUCCGUUAAGAGAUAUUAAAUGCGUCUUUUCUCGACGAUGUUGGAAACGUAGAUAAAACAAAAUAGAAGUCACAAACAUCUCAGAUGGGUGUGCGAUCUAUCAGGACAUGUUUUAAAAUUGUUUUUAGGUGUCAACAAGUUAAAAUAGAUUUGAUAUACCUUUCGUUAUGAUUCCUUGUUCUCCGUUAAGAAAUAUUAAAGAUGCAUUUUCUCGACAAAGUUGGAAACGUAGAUAAAACAGAAUAAAAGUCACAAACAUCUCAGAUGGGUGUGCGAUCUAUCAGGGCAUGAUUGAAAAUUUUUCGAGGGGUCAACAAGUUAAAAUAGAUUUGAUAUACCUUUCGUUAUGAUCCCUUGUUCUCCGUUAAGAAAUAUUAAAUACGUCUUUUCUUGACGAUGUUGGAGACGUAAAUAAAACAGAAUAGAAGUCAAACACAUCUCAGAUGGGUGUGCGAUCUAUCAGGACAUGUUUUAAAAUUGUUUUUAGGUGUCAACAAGUUAAAAUAGAUUUGAUAUACCUUCCGUUAUGAUCCCCUGUUCUCCGUAAAGAAAUAUUAAAGAUGCAUUUUCUCGAAAAAGUUGGAAACGUAAAUAAGACAAAAUAGAAGUUGGUAGCAUCUCAUAUUUAUUGGUGAUACAUAUUUUUCGAGGUGUCAACAAGUUAAAUUAUAUUUGAUAUACCUUUCGUUGUGAUCCCUUGUUCUCCGUUAAGAAAUAUUAAAUAUGUCUUUUCUCGACGAUGUUGGAAACGUAGAUAAAACAAAAUAGAAGUCACAAACAUCUCAGAUGGGUGUGCGAUCUAUCAGGACAUGUUUAAAAUUGUUUUUAGGUGUCAACAAGUUAAAAUAGAUUUGAUAUACCUUUCGUUAUGAUCCCUUGUUCUCCGUUAAGAAAUAUUAAAUACGUCUUUUCUCGACGAUGUUGGAAACGUAAAUAAAACAGAAUAGAAGUCACAAACAUCUCAGAUGGGUGUGCGAUCUAUCAGGACAUGUUUUAAAAUUGUUUUUAGGUGUCAACAAGUUAAAUUAUAUUUGAUAUACCUUUCGUUGUGAUCCCUUGUUCUCCGUUAAGAGAUAUUAAAUGCGUCUUUUCUCGACGAUGUUGGAAACGUAGAUAAAACAAAAUAGAAGUCACAAACAUCUCAGAUGGGUGUGCGAUCUAUCAGGACAUGUUUUAAAAUUGUUUUUAGGUGUCAACAAGUUAAAAUAGAUUUGAUAUACCUUUCGUUAUGAUCCCUUGUUCUCCGUUAAGAAAUAUUAAAUACGUCUUUUCUCGACGAUGUUGGAAACGUAAAUAAAACAAAAUAAGUCACAAACAUCUUAGAUGGGUGUGCGAUCUAUCAGGGCAUGAUUGAAAAAUUUUCGAGGGGUCAACAAGUUAAAAUAUAUUUUAUAUACCUUUCGUUAUGAUCCCUUGUUCUCCGUUAAGAAAUAUUAAAUACGUCUUUUCUUGACGAUGUUGGAAACGUAGAUAAAACAAAAUAGAAGUCACAAACAUCUCAGAUGGGUGUGCGAUCUAUCAGGACAUGUUUUAAAAUUGUUUUUAGGUGUCAACAAGUUAAAAUAGAUUUGAUAUACCUUUCGUUAUGAUUCCUUGUUCUCCGUUAAGAAAUAUUAAAGAUGCAUUUUCUCGACAAAGUUGGAAACGUAGAUAAAACAGAAUAAAAGUCACAAACAUCUCAGAUGGGUGUGCGAUCUAUCAGGGCAUGAUUGAAAAUUUUUCGAGGGGUCAACAAGUUAAAAUAGAUUUGAUAUACCUUUCGUUAUGAUCCCUUGUUCUCCGUUAAGAAAUAUUAAAUACGUCUUUUCUCGACGAUGUUGGAAACGUAAAUAAAACAGAAUAGAAGUCACAAACAUCUCAGAUGGGUGUGCGAUCUAUCAGGACAUGUUUAAAAUUGUUUUUAGGUGUCAACAAGUUAAAAUAGAUUUGAUAUACCUUUCGUUAUGAUCCCUUGUUCUCCGUUAAGAAAUAUUAAAUACGUCUUUUCUCGACGAUGUUGGAAACGUAAAUAAAACAGAAUAGAAGUCACAAACAUCUCAGAUGGGUGUGCGAUCUAUCAGGACAUGUUUUAAAAUUGUUUUUAGGUGUCAACAAGUUAAAUUAUAUUUGAUAUACCUUUCGUUGUGAUCCCUUGUUCUCCGUUAAGAAAUAUUAAAUAUGUCUUUUCUCGACGAUGUUGGAAACGUAAAUAAAACAGAAUAGAAGUCACAAACAUCUCAGAUGGGUGUGCGAUCUAUCAGGACAUGUUUUAAAAUUGUUUUUAGGUGUCAACAAGUUAAAUUAUAUUUGAUAUACCUUUCGUUGUGAUCCCUUGUUCUCCGUUAAGAGAUAUUAAAUGCGUCUUUUCUCGACGAUGUUGGAAACGUAGAUAAAACAAAAUAGAAGUCACAAACAUCUCAGAUGGGUGUGCGAUCUAUCAGGACAUGUUUUAAAAUUGUUUUUAGGUGUCAACAAGUUAAAAUAGAUUUGAUAUACCUUUCGUUAUGAUCCCUUGUUCUCCGUUAAGAAAUAUUAAAUACGUCUUUUCUCGACGAUGUUGGAAACGUAAAUAAAACAAAAUAAGUCACAAACAUCUUAGAUGGGUGUGCGAUCUAUCAGGGCAUGAUUGAAAAAUUUUCGAGGGGUCAACAAGUUAAAAUAUAUUUUAUAUACCUUUCGUUAUGAUCCCUUGUUCUCCGUUAAGAAAUAUUAAAUACGUCUUUUCUUGACGAUGUUGGAAACGUAAAUAAAACAGAAUAGAAGUCACAAACAUCUCAAAUUGGUGUGCGAUCUAUCAGGACAUGUUUUAAAAUUGUUUUUAGGGGUCAACAAGUUAAAAUAGAUUUUAUAUACCUUUCGUUAUGAUCCCCUGUUAUCCGUUAAGAAAUAUUAAAGAUGCAUUUUCUCGACAAAGUUGGAAACGUAGAUAAAACAGAAUAAAAGUCACAAACAUCUCAGAUGGGUGUGCGAUCUAUCAGGGCAUGAUUGAAAAUUUUUCGAGGGGUCAACAAGUUAAAAUAGAUUUGAUAUACCUUUCGUUAUGAUCCCUCGUUCUCCGUUAAGAAAUAUUAAAUACGUCUUUUCUCGACAAAGUUGGAAACGUAGAUAAAACAAAAUAAAAGUCACAAACAUCGCAGAUGGGUGUGCGAUCUAUCAGGGCAUGAUUGAAAAAAAUUCGAGGGGUCAACAAGUUAAAAUAGAUUUGAUAUAUACCUUUCGUUAUGAUCCCUUGUUCUCCGUUAAGAAAUAUUAAAUACGUCUUUUCUUGACGAUGUUGGAAACGUAAAUAAAACAGAAUAGAAGUCAAAAACAUGUCAGAUGGGUGUGCGAUCUAUCAGGACAUGUUUUAAAAAUUAUUUUUAGGGGUCAACAAGACAAAAUAGAUUUGAUAUGCCUUUCGUUAUGAUCCCUUAAUUGUUCUCCGUUAAGAAAUAUUAAAGAUGCAUUUUCUCGACAAGUUGGAAACGUAAAUAAGACAAAAUAGAAGUCAGUUGGUAGCCUUUCAUAAUUAUUUGCGAUCUAUCAGGACAUCUUUUAAGAUUGUUUGAAGGUGACAACAGGUUAAAAUAUAUUCUAUAUGCAUUUCGUUAUGAUACCUUGUUUUCCGUAAAGCAUAGGCGGUUCGGGGCGCGAGGGACUCCCCCCCCCCCCCCCCCCCUCUUGGACGAGC